AACGAAGAUUUACCUUCGGUUUCAAACAAGCAUAAGUUACCUCAAACAAUGGAGUUGUCGCAAAAUUGUGGUGGUGCACGUUGAAAAGUGUUGGACAUAUUUGCUCCUCAGGAACGAAAUUUAACUUACAUUGGAAUAAUUUCUCGCUAGAAUGUCUGAUAAUAGCAAUUUGCUAUUCGUCAGGGGAGACGGAGUUAAUGAAGAUGAAACCACCUGGGAUGAUACAGCUUUGAUAAAAGCAUAUGACAGAGCUGUCAGUUUGGCGAAGGAGGAAGUAGCUAAACGCAUUGCUAGAGAUCCUCAAGGCCGGCUGUCAAAACAACAGUCUCAAAAUUCUAAACGUUCAAAUCAAGCAAAGAAGCCUGUCAAAAAAUGGACCAUUGGUGCUCCAUGUCGUACAGUGUAUACAGCAGAUGGGGAAAUUUAUGAAGCUAUUGUAACAAAAAUUUAUGAAAAUUCUGAUGUAUGCAUGGUGAAAUUCAUCGGGUAUGAUAAUACCGAGGAAGUAAAACUGGAUUCUCUUCUGGAAUCCAAUGGAUUGGAAAGUCAGAUCGCUCAACAGAAGAAUGCCUUUGCGGAAAAGACUGAGCAGCAGGCUUGUGAUUCCGAUGCGUCCAACUAUUCCGUUCGACAGAACUCCAAACAGAUGAACGGCGAAAAGAUGGAUUGCGAUACGGAAGAUCCCAGGUUGUACAAAAAUAGCUUUAUGCCAGGGCCGUUUUUUGAUAUGUCAAUAGACGGAGUACCACCCGCACCGCCUUUGCCGCCGCAAUUAAUGGCCAAAUUACCUGAGAACGACACGGAUGCGUUAUCUAGUAUGUUAAUGUCUUGGUACAUAAGUGGCUUUCACACAGGUUACUAUCAUGGAAUGAAACAAGCAAAUCUAAAAUGGCAGAAGAGGAAGAACUGUUAAUAGUUUGAUGGUUUAACACAGUGGAAGCUUUUAUUUUCCAACAGAAUGCAACACGGCUUGUAUCAUGCACUCUGUAUUAAUAUAUAAGUUUGUAUCAAUAAAAUCAACGUUUACACGCGUU